CGUUGAUGUCAGCAACCUGACGUGAACUCAAUGGCGUUCCAGUAUAUGCUGCUGCUUUCCCGGCAGGGCAAAGUGCGGUUGUCAAAGUGGUUUGAGACCUAUAGUUUGAAAGAAAAGAACAAGAUUGUCAAGGAGGUGACCACCUUGGUGCUGGGCCGGCGGAACAAGAUGUGCAACUUCAUCGAGUACAAGAACUCGAAGAUCGUGUACCGCCGCUAUGCUUCCUUGUUUUUCGUGGCAGGCAUCGAGGCAGACGAUAACGAGCUUAUCGCAUUAGAGGUCAUUCAUCGCUAUGUCGAGCAGAUGGACAAAUACUACGGCAACGUUUGUGAGCUCGACAUCAUUUUCAACUUCCAAAAGGCCUAUUACAUCCUCGAUGAGCUCUUGAUCGCGGGCGAACUACAAGAGUCAUCGAAAAGUGAAGGGUUUAGGCGAAUCAGCCAGCAAGAUGCUCUUGAAAUUGCAGAGCAGGAAGAGGACGGCAUGUCUCGGCUUCUUGGUAGUGCCUAA